AUGAGCUUAAAAAUGGCUGUAAUCGUGGCUAUUGCCUUAUGCCUAUAUAGUAUCGCCCUGGUCAUCUACCGCCUGUUCUUCCAUCCACUUGCGAAAUACCCGGGUCCUCGUCUAGCAGCCAUAACACAUUGGUAUUCAGCCUACUAUGCCUGGCAGGGAGACCUUCAUAUUAUCAGUCGGGAGUGGCACGAUCGCUACGGAGACAUAGUCCGAUUCGGCCCCAACGCCCUUACUUUCAACAGUCAUACAGGAAUGGAAACCAUCUAUGCCGUCCGAGCAAAUGUGGUAAAAUCUGAAGGCUACAGCUCAUUGAGUGCCAGUCGGCACACUCCAAACACCCUCACUGCUACCGAUAAAACCACUCACGGAUUCAAGCGCCGCAUCCUUGCUCAAGUAUUCUCUACCGAAGGGAUUAAAGCCAUCGAAGAUCGUCUUCUGACAAAUGUCCGCGAUUUUGUCGACUUGCUUGGUAAGAAAGGAGACGAGUUUGGGAAUGUAAAGCCUGGGCUCGAGUCCAAGGACAGUGACUGGUCACAAACAAAGCAUUUAGCCCCGAUGUGUGACUGGGUGACUUUCGAUGUUAUCGGUGAUCUUUGUUAUGGAAGGGACUUUGAUAUGCUGCACUUGCCUGAUAUGCGAUGGUUCCCGUCAGUGGUCCUGAAGAUUACGCAGCGCAGUAUGACGACACUUGUCCAACCGAAGUUCUGCAAUUUGAAGAUUGACCAGUUCUUCAUGUCAUCCAAGUUCAACGAUAUUGUGAAUGCUGGUACUCGGAUUCGUGAGCGCUCUGAGGCCCGCCAACUCCUCGGAAAUGACAUCGAGCAAAAAGAUUUGUUCUAUCAUAUGAUGAAUACAGCGGAUCCUAAAACGGGGAAUAACUUUACUCCCAAGGACCUCUGGGUGGAAUCAAUGCUCUUGAUGACUGCCGGUGCGGACACCACUGCUACAGCAAUGGCUGGCACAUUCUUCCACCUCGCGCACAAGCCCGAUCUACUUGCACGUCUAGUGCGUGAGCUUCGCACUACGUUCACAGAUGAAGAAGACAUCUGUAUGGGACCGGAGCUCAACUCUUGUGAACUGUUGCAAGCAUGCAUUAACGAGACAAUGCGCCUCGCUCCAUCCGUCUCUACCACAAUCCCCCGUACUGUGCUAGAGGGCGGUAUAUUGAUUGACCAGGAAUAUCUCCCCGCAGGAACUAUGGUCGGAACAACCACUUACGCUAUCCACCGCAACCCGAAUUACUUCAGAUCUCCCGAUGAAUAUUACCCGGACCGAUGGAUAGUCAACCCGGAGACAGGAGUGGAUGAGGAAAGCAUCAAGACCGCCAAACAGGCCUUUAUUCCAUUCAGUACUGGAGCAAGGUCUUGUGUCGGAUGGAAGCUCGCCUGGACCGAGCUGAAUGUUACCAUUGCCCGAGUGUUAUUCCGAUAUGAUAUGCGCUUGGCGCCCGAUGCUCGGUGCUGUGGUGGGAAGCGAAACGAUUGUGAAUUCAGAUUGAAGGGGUGGGUGACAUCAGCGGUGGAGGGGCCCUGGGUGCAAUUCCGACCUCGCACUUGA